UGGGGUGUCCGUCCGUCGGUCCGUCGGGUGUCCGUCUUUCCAUCCCGUUUCCAUGGCGACCGCCCGGCCGUCGCUCCCCCCCAUGGUCCUGCUGCUGCUGCUGCUCGUGUCGGGGCUGCCGACCGCCCGGGCCGGGGACGGGACCCCCACCGGCGGCGACAGAGUCAACCCAGAGAGGCUGCUGGUCAUCACGGCGGCCACGGAGGAGACGGAGGGCUACAAACGGUUCCUGCGCACCGCCAGACACUUCAACUACACCGUGCGGACGCUGGGCCUGGGGGAAGAGUGGCGCGGGGGGGACGUGGCGCGGACGGUGGGCGGAGGGCAGAAGGUCCGCUGGCUGAAACAAGAGAUGGAGAAGCACGCGGACCGCGAAGACCUGGUCAUCUUGUUCGUGGACAGCUAUGACGUGCUGCUGGCCGGGAGCCCCCUGGAGCUGCUGUGGAAGUUCGUGCAGAGCGGGAGCCGCCUGCUCUUCUCGGCCGAGGGCUUCUGUUGGCCCGAGUGGAGCCUGGCCGACAGCUACCCGCCCCUCAACGCCGGGAACGGCAAACGCUUCCUCAACUCGGGGGGGUUCGUCGGGUUCGCUCCGACCGUGCACCGCCUGGUCCAACAAUGGAAGUACAAGGACGACGAUGACGACCAGCUCUUCUACACCCGACUCUACCUGGACCCCGGGCUCAGGGAGAAGCACGGGCUGGCUCUGGACCACAAAUCCCGCAUUUUCCAGAACCUCAACGGGGCCCUCGACGAGGUUGUUCUGAAGUUUGAGAAGAACCGGGUUCGGGUCCGGAACGUGGCCUAUGACACGCUGCCCGUCGUCAUCCACGGCAAUGGACCCACCAAGCUGCAGCUCAACUAUUUGGGCAACUACAUCCCCAACGCUUGGACCUACGAGAGCGGCUGUGGCUUCUGUGCCCAAGACCGGCGAAAUCUCACCGGGGUCCCCGACAGUGAGCUGCCCCGGGUGCUUUUGGGUCUGUUCGUGGAGCAGCCGACCCCCUUCCUGCCCCAGUUCCUGCAGCGGCUCCUCCUCCUCGACUAUCCCUCCUCCCGCCUCAGCCUCUUCCUCCACAACAACGAGGUGUAUCACGAGGCCCACGUGGAAGCCCUGUGGGAGCAGCUGAGGACCAGGUUCUCCACCGUCAAGCUGGUGGGGCCCGAGGAGGAGCUGACCCAAGGCGAGGCCCGAGACAUGGCCAUGGACAGCUGCCGCCAGGACCCCUCGUGCGACUUCUACUUCAGCCUGGACGCCGACGCGGUGCUCACCAACCCCCGCACCCUGCUCAGCCUCAUCGAGGAAAACAGGAAGGUGGUGGCCCCCAUGCUCUCCCGCCACGGCAAACUCUGGUCCAACUUCUGGGGGGCCCUGAGCCCCGAGGAGUACUACGCCCGUUCCGAGGACUACGUGGAGCUGGUGCAGAGGAAGCGGGUGGGCGUGUGGAACGUGCCUUACGUGGCCCAGGCCUACCUGGUGCUGGGGGAGACGCUGCGGUCGGAGCUGCCCCAGCGGGGGGUUUUCACCCUCGAGGACACCGACCCCGACAUGUCCUUCUGCAAGAGCCUGCGUGACAAGGGCAUCUUCCUCCACCUCAGUAACCAGGAGGAGUUCGGGCGGCUGGUCUCCACGGCCCGCUACGACACGGAGCACCUGCACCCCGACCUCUGGCAGAUCUUCGACAACCCCCUGGACUGGCGAGAGAAAUACAUCCACCCCAACUACAGCCUGGCCCUGGAGGGUGAGGGCGUGGAGCAGCCCUGUCCAGACGUGUACUGGUUUCCAGUCCUGUCAGACCAGAUGUGUGACGAGCUGGUGGAGGAGAUGGAGAACUUUGGCCAGUGGUCCGGGGGUCGCCACGAGGACAGGCGGCUGGCGGGCGGCUACGAGAACGUGCCCACGGUGGACAUCCACAUGAACCAGGUGGGCUACGAGAAGGAGUGGUUGAAAGUGCUGUCCGAAUACAUCGCCCCGAUGACCGAGAGCCUCUUCCCGGGCUACCACACCAAGGCCCGGGCGGUGAUGAACUUCGUGGUCCGCUAUCGGCCGGACGAGCAGCCGUCCCUGCGGCCCCACCACGACUCUUCCACCUUCACCGUCAACAUCGCGCUCAACAGCAAAGGCCGCGAUUACGAGGGUGGGGGCUGCCGCUUCCUGCGCUACGACUGCCGCGUGGCCGCCCCCCGCAAAGGCUGGAGCCUCCUGCAUCCGGGCCGGCUGACCCACUACCAUGAGGGGCUGCCCACCACCCGGGGCACCCGCUACAUCAUGGUCUCCUUCGUCGACCCCUGACCCCUCCCCUCCACCCGCCCCGGCCUCGGAUGCCGCCGCCGCCGCUGCCAUGCCUUCCCCGGAGGACGGGGAGAGGGGCCGGGCGAGGCCCCGUCUGGCCUCGGCCCGGGGACCCAAGGCGAGGAUGGAGGGGAGCGGGAGGACAUCACCGCCUGUGGCCCCCUCCCCUCUCAGGUUAACCCUGGGGGCCUGCAGUCCGGCCCCCAGGGAGGGGGCUCGGGGGUGGUCCUUGUAGUAAAUUAUUGAAGUGUGCCCCUCUCCCCCACCUCCUGGCUAUCAAUAAAGAACCAUUUGUAA